AAUCAGAAAUUUUGCCGAAGAGAACUUCUGGUGUAACCUUUUUAAGUCAACAAUGCUUUUGUAUGAAGAACUGCACUUUUUUUUCUUUGUGCAAAAAUGCCCAGAAUGCUUCUGAUUGAAAGAUCACAAUAAAUAAGCCCAGGCUGGGAAACCUCAAGUUAAAAACCAUAGUGCUCACAGAAAGAAGGAAAUGAAAACAGUCUUUCUGCAAAAUGGCAGAAAUGCAGAGCUUAUUUCAACAAGACAUUCCUGCAGAUAGAAAACUUCUUUUGGAAAGCUUCACAAAUCUCCAGAAAGUGGCUGAAUACUGUGAGAAUAACUACAUCCAGGCUCAAGACAAAACAAAAGCUUUGGAGGAGACCAAGGCCUAUGCUGCACAAUCUCUCGCAAGUGUUGCUAGUCAAAUCAACGGCUUGGCUGAGAAAGUAUUCAAAUUGUUGGAUCUACAGGCCUCAGAACUCUCCAAAAUGGAGUCUUCUGUCAACUUCAUAUCUCAGAAAGUAGAGAUGCACAAAGAGAAAGUGGCUCGGCGAGAGAUUGGAGCAUUUGCUGUUGCUAAAACUACACCAAGGAUGACCAAAAUCAUUCCUCCAGCAAACCCUGUACAGCGAGAAAAGUACACCAGGAAGCCCAUUAUCUAUACACUCCUAGAUGAUACUGGACACGGAGUAAAGGAAGUUAGUAAUCAUCCUGUGAGAGUUGGAACUUUAUCACGAAGGUACGGACAAUCAAGUAUGACUAGUUCAACUUCACAAGGAACUUUAGGAAGGAGUGCUAAAGGAGCAAGACCUGUUCAGCCUCCUGUUGUCCCAAGUGCAUAUAGCAGUCCCGUGACCAACUCACCGUCAACAGAGGGACCUCCGAUGCACAGCAGUGAUGUUGGUAGAAACAGAAAUAGCUGUGGAAUUGAGAACAUGGUGAUGCCUGUGUCUGUACCUGUGUCAAUGCUUCCACCACCUCCAGCACCAGCACCAGCACCAGCACCUUCAGUGGCAGCUGAGCUAGGUGAGAAUGAUCUCUUAGACAUGCCACCACCUCCUCCAAUGGAACUGCCUCCACCUCCUGCUCCUCCUCCGCAGAUUUUCAAUGAGGUCUGUCUGCCUCCACCUCCCCCAUUAGUAUCUGACCCUCCUCUUUCAGCUAGCUCUGCUUCAGGCUGUCAUAACCAUUUUAUGUGGCAGGGUCCUCGGCGUGACCACAGUGCUACACCUCCUGCAAGUCUCAGGUGCAGGUGCUCUGCCAGCUCUCCUGCCUUACUGCAUCCACCCGUAAAUGAUGUGUCAUUGUCCUCUCCACUUUCAAUCUGCUCCCCAGCACCUAUCCUUCCCUCUUUAUUGCAGUUUAUUCCACAGAUCCCCCUGACUGGUUUUGUUGCCCGCUUUCAGGAGAACAUCACUGACUGUCCACCCCCACCACCUCCUCCUGACUUCAUGGUCGAUCUUAAUGAAAUGACGCCACCACCGCCACCUCCAAUAGACUACUUAGAUGAGCCUCAGUGGAUACCACCUAAUUACAUCGAAAAAGUUGUUGCACUGUAUGCCUACGACAAACGGAGUGGUGAUGAUUUGACUUUUCAAGAAGGAGAAAUCAUCUAUGUCAUUGCCAAGAGUGAAAAUGGAUGGUAUGAAGGUGUUAUCAAUGGAGUUACAGGCUUCUUCCCUUCAAACUAUGUACAGUGCCUGGACUAAGACAGCAGGAUACAAAAAGGAUAUUACAUGGUCAUCGGACUGCAAGCAAUGGGUAAAUUAGCCAUGGCAUAAAGUGGUACAAAUAGUUUUGCUUUCACAACAAACACCCCUGGAAAGGACAGUCAUGUUCCUCCCAUUCUGUGAGUGCUGUUGCUAUUCUUCAAACCUUGAAACUGACUGAAAAUAAAUCUAAAGAAGAACUUUACCUGGUAAAGCUUAGCGUAUGUUCCUCCCUGUAGUGUUUGAAGUACAAGAGGUUUUCCACUUCUAACUGUCAAAAAGCAAUUCUAAAUCCUAAAACCAACCAAGAGAAACUGGAAUAUUGGCUUGGUCAUCUAUUUACUUCCAUGGAUGAAGUUCCACUGGACUUGUGAAAGGCAACCACAACCAGCCAGAGGUGUAAUCUCCUGCCACAAAGCUGGUCUUUUUUUAAAAAAGCUGUUCCUUUUAUCCAGGAUACUGUGUCCUUGGUUUUUUUCCAGAGGAGUCGUAAAUCACUCAGGCUCUGAAUCUACUGGUUUGGUACGGAGAUGAAAGGCCUUUUGUUUAUAUGUUAACAGAUGAGACUUUAGGCCAAAGCUUUUAUGUUUUUAGAAGUAACCUGUACAAGUCAAGGGGGCCUGGCCAGCACUCUAACUGAGCAGUUCAGUUUAGAAGUUUAGUUAGGAGUUCGGCUGUGGAGCUGUGGUAAAAGGCUGCUAGACUCUCUCACCUUCUGUCCUUCUAACUUUGACCUGUAAGCCUUUGUUUCAUUUUUUGCUCUGUGUG